AUGUCAGGACGCGGAAAGCAGGGAGGUAAGGCACGCGCCAAGGCCAAGUCGCGCUCGUCCCGCGCUGGCCUUCAGUUCCCGGUGGGUCGAGUCCACCGCCUGCUCCGCAAAGGCAACUAUGCUGAGCGUGUGGGGGCCGGCGCACCAGUGUACCUGGCGGCGGUGCUCGAGUACCUGACGGCGGAAAUCCUGGAGCUGGCAGGCAACGCAGCACGAGACAACAAGAAGACGCGCAUCAUUCCUCGCCAUUUGCAGCUGGCGGUGAGAAAUGACGAAGAGCUCAACAAGUUACUGGGGGGUGUCACCAUCGCCCAGGGCGGCGUCUUGCCAAAUAUCCAGGCUGUCUUGUUGCCUAAGAAAACGGAGAGUCACAAACCUGGCAAAAAUAAAUAAAAGCCUCGGUACUUACUGUCUAUACCCCUUUUUAACCCUAAAGGCUCUUUUAAG